CCAGGACACAGCUUCUACCGCAUACACGCACAUCAUGGCCUUUGCUCCCCGUUUUGCAUUGCCCGUCAGGCUGGCGCCUCGUGUCUUUGGCGCUAUUCGGCCUGCGAUGCCUAUCACUGCUACCCGUUGUUUCCAUUCGACGCCUAUCACCGCGCAAAAUCCCAUUGUCACCUUGAAUGAGGAACUUACCCCUCGUCUUCCUCCUUCGUCCCCGACUCUUUUCGAGGCAAAGAAGAAGAAGAACCUGUCCUUUGAAGCAAUUGCAAAGCACGUCGGCCGCGAUGAAGUCGCCAUUGCCGCCCUUUUCUACGGCCAAGCCAUGGCCUCUGCCGAAGAUAUCAAGAAGCUCUCAGAGAUUCUCGACAUUGACGCCGGAAAGCUCGAGUCCCAGCUAGCUGGCUUCCUUCAGCGAGGAAGCACACUCGACAUGCCCCCCAGAGACCCUACCAUUUACCGUUUGUACGAAAUCGUGCAGAACUACGGACAGGCCUACAAAGCCGUCAUGCACGAGAAGUUUGGCGACGGCAUCAUGAGCGCCAUUUCUUUCAGCACAAAGGUAGAGAAGGAAACCGAUGAGAAGGGCGAUUGGGCCAAGAUCACCAUGAGGGGGAAGUGGCUCCCUUACUCAAGAUUCUGAGUGGCUCAUAGCACUAAUUAAUCAAUUAUUGUGUCCA